AUGUCUGCCGAACAAAACGUCGCCAACACCAACGCCGAGGCGGAGAAGGAUGUUCAGAACGUCCUCGCUGAGCUGAAGGGUGAGACGGAAGCUCCCGCCAAUGGCGCGGAGAAGAAGGAGGAAGGCCCCAAGGAGGAUGCCGAGGAGGCGCGCAUUGUCGCCGAAGCGGCCAAGCUGGGUCAGCAGUCUGAGAAGGCCGAAGAGCAGAAGACCAACGACCACCGGGGUCGCUUCCGUCGCAACAACGCCAAGUUCGAUCCUAGCUCCCAGAAGGUCACCGACGACCCGGUUGAGAUCCGCAAGCAGGUCGAGUUCUACUUCUCCGACUCCAACCUGCCCAUGGACAAGUUCCUGCUGUCCAAGGUGGGCGGUAGCGCCAAUCGCGCCGUGCCCCUCGAGCUCCUCCACUCCUUCAAGCGCAUGCGCCGCUUCCAGCCCUUCAGUGCCAUCGUCGAGGCUCUCAAGUCCUCCGAGACUCUGGAGCUGACGGACAACGACACCGCCGACACCCACGACCCCAACGUUGUCAAGGUCUUCGAGGACAAGGCGAUGAACCGCAGCAUCUACGCCAAGGGCUUCGGCAACGAGGAGCCCACCACCCAACUCGAUAUCGAGGCCUUCUUCGCGCCGUACGGCCCCACCAACGCCAUCCGUCUUCGUCGCGCCAACGACAAGAGCUUCAAGGGUAGCGUGUUUGUCGAGUUCGAGUCCGAGGAGAAGCAGAAGGCCUUCCUUGCCCUUGAUCCCAAGCCCAAGUGGAAGGGCCAGGACCUGCUCAUCAAGAGCAAGAAGGAAUACUGCGACGAGAAGGUCCGGGACAUUGAGGCCGGUCGCAUCAAGCCCAGCAACAACUACCGCGGCCGCGGUGGCCAUCGCGGACGGGAUAACCGCGGCAAUCGCCGGGGCGGUGACAACCGUGACUGGCGCGAGCGUCGCGCAGAGGACCAGAAGAAGGGCUUCCAGGAGAAGGAGCCCCGCCAGGAGAUCCAGAAGGAUGCUCGGGGUGUUCCCGUGGUGCAGAGCACUGCUGAGCCCGAAGCUGGCCAGAAGCGCGCUCGCGAAGACGAAGCCGCCAACGGCGAUCACCCGGCCAAGAAGGUCGAUGCGAAGGAGUAG